UUUGCGCCCUACCAACUGGCCCGGCCGUCCACUAUAAAGAGGGGCGUCCUUCACAACCAAAGUCCAUCAGGUCUUGAAAGCACCACACCGCACGACCACCACAACUUCUUGUCCAGAACCUCACUGCAAAAGCAUUGCGGCAUCUUGAGUUUUGACCUUCCCUUGUGAUCGUCUCCAUCUGAAGGCUCUGCUGCACGUGGUGUGUCUCCGAGUGUGGUUCGCGUCUCUUGCUCUUCGUGUCGUGUAGCUCUAUCUUAGUCCACCCUCCACGAAUCGACUUAGCUGUCAAGUAUCACUAGGAAAUACAGUCCCUUGCUCGUCCCGGACGACUGCUUUCCUGCCCAGCGUCGAGUUUAGUGCAGUGCCCUGCUGUGCCGUGUUGCCCAGCUCAGUCUGCUCCCAUCAUGGUCUUUGGCUCCCUCGCCCCCCCGGCCUCGCCGCCGUCUGUCACUGGACUCCCGCCCGACGAUGGCGGUCACACAGUCCAGUAUCACCUGCGCGGAAUUCCCACCCGGUCCGUCCGACUCUCGCCCUCCCGCGCCUACGUCGUCCGCGACAUCGACGACAUUUCCCUCCAACCAGGCACCAACCACGUCACCAUCGUCGGGCUAUCCCCCACCGUUGACGAGCACUCUAUAAAGCUCGAGGUCUCUGGACCAGUCUCCAUCACCGACUUCUCGGUCCACCUCCUCCCGAACCGCGAGAUUUUUGAAGAUGUGUACCCAGCUUCCGAUGACGACGGCGGCGAUGAUGACAACGACGACAGCGACAGCGAGUCUGCCUCCAGCAAGGUGACUAACCCCGAGGAGAGUGAGUCCAUACUGGCCCUGCGCAAGCAGAUCUCCUCGCUCCACGACGACAAAGAGCGCGCUGCAGAGCUCGUCGCUAGCGCCGAGGCUCGCCUUAAGAUACUCGAUGCCUACGGCCGACGGAUUGUAGCACCGGAGCCGCCACUCGAUAUCACUGCCGGGCUCGAUACGUAUAGAUCCGAGCGCGAGAAGGCCUUUCGCGACAGCAUGGAUGGAAAGAUCAAGAGUCGCAAUCUUUCACAGCAGAUCCUCAAGCUCACUAGUCAGAUCGAUUGCGAUGUCCAGGCCGCAGCCAAGGCUCACGCAAGGCUUUCUAAAGCACAGCUCAAAGUCGUGGCGGCAAAGCAGAAGGAGCGCCAGAGUCGGCAGCGCAAGGCUGCGGAGAGCUACAAGGAGAAGCAACGGAUCCGUAAGGAGCGGGAGGCGUGCUGGCCCCGGCAUGUUCAUGUGGUUACAGUCACGCUCGAAAUGCCCGUGAUGACUCCUGGCUCUACCCGCCGCAACUCGAUCUCCAGCGACCUUGCCCAUUCAAGCUCAGCCGACGACGCAGAUGGACAUCACUUAGGCACGAAGGGACCUUGUGGCUUGACAUUGAGCUACAUGACCACCUCCGCCUACUGGACCCCAACAUACGACCUCGCGCUUUCGACCGUAUCGAGCUCGGCUGUUCUGUGCUUCGACGCUCUUCUCACAAAUUACACAUCAGAAACAUGGAGCGGUUGCAAAAUCUCUCUCACCACCUCACAAGCGGAGUCCACGGACUUAGCGGACAAGCUGCCAAACCUUCACACCUGGCAGGUCAAACUUGCCGACAAGGACAGCACCACACUAACCGAACGUGUGUCUGACAACAUCUUGUAUUCUCAGGACGAGUUGAAACAUAAAUCCAAUAUGUUCUUGCAAAGUCAUUCGCGCACUAUUAUCCAGUCGCGAUCAUCAAUGUUUGGAUACGGCUCCGAGCAAGGUUCCGGCACGUUGGGAACUUCGAAACAUGCCUGGUUGUCUGCUUCUGCUCAAACAGAUGGGUCUGCACAGAGCACGCAAGCUGCUCGGCCGGGAGGUCUCUUUGGCUCUUCUGCAACUACUACGACAGGAUUCGGCGGCGGCGGCACGAGCGCGACGUCGCUAUUUGGGCAAAAGCCUAAUGCCUUUGGCGCCGCAAGCCAGCUCGGCACGCGAGAUGCCCCGGCUGAGGCACUUCCUACGGCCGGCAGCUCAGUCCCGUCCUGGCCCUCUGGAGAGGAAGAUCUCUCAUUUAUUCAAAUGGGCUUGACCUCCAACUACGAACUGCCCGGCAUGAAGACUCUCAAACCGCGUGCGCCGACUGCUAAUGGGGUGGGCGGUUCUUCGCGCCAUCGCGUGACUCGCAUCACGAACUUUACAGAGGUCACAUUUUCCCGGACCGUUGUUGCCAAAUUGAAGGCCGCGGCCUACCUUCGUGUCAAGCUGCGCAACAGCAGUCAAAUUCCUAUCUUGAGCGGCCUCGCAAGUUUGACCCUCGACGGCAGCUUCCUGGGCCGUAUGCAGCUACCUCCGCCAUCGGGCAAGAGAUUGUUCGGCGCGCCCCAGGAUUGCGUCAAGCCGGGCGAGUAUAUUCACCUCGACCUGGGCAAGGACCCUUCGGUAGAAGUGAGCUACCAGGGCCCACUUGUAAAGACGAACAGUGGCAGCUUGAGCGCUGCCGGGACGAUGAUCAAGGAAAGGGCCUCGGAAAAGGGGCCGAACAUGGCCGCCUCGGCAAAGCCUGUGGCUUUGAAAGUGGUGGACCAGAUCCCGACAACCGAGGACGAGCGGGUGCGUAUCGAGAUUCUUCGACCUCGUGGUCUUGUAGUCGACGGCGGCCAGAAACACAGCAGCGGCGAGAACGACGGUGAUGCUGAGAAUGAUGGUGAGACGGCCUGGGGCACGGCGCUGGCCAGUUUAUUGCACGAUGGCAAGGUUGAGUGGGACGUGACGCUGAACCCAUCAAAGACAGUCAAGCUUACACUUGAAUAUCAGUGUUCGUACCCCAAAGGGGAGAGCGUUGUCAACAUUUCCUAG